GCAUGUGCCUGAGUACUACGUAACUAUUUUCUGUGCACAUAAUCACAUGACUCAUUUUGUUUACGACGGAAGGAAGUUAACCAGAACGUCAACAAAGGAGAAGCAGAAACUGCUGUUAAAAUUGGUUGACAGGGCCAUGCUGAACAUCUUAGGACCUUGACAGCACCAACAAAGCAAGUAAAAUCUAAAAAUCCUUCGACAAUGGUGAACCGAUCCCUAGAAGAGGGGAGUCAGUAUGAGUACAUUAAGUGUGUGGUGGUGGGGGACGCAGGGGUGGGGAAGACCUGCCUGAUCUGUGCCUGGGCCUGCGGGACAAACUACACCCUGGAGCGACUCGUAAGGACCCCCUCCUCCUCAGUGUGGGCCAUUGAUCACUACCGCAAUGACCAAGAGGUGAUGGACAGGUCUUGGUGCAAUGUAGAUGGAGUCAGGUGUUCUCUGAAACUAUGGGACACUUUUGGUUACCAUGACAAGAACAGAAAGUUUGCUUAUAGAGGGUCAGACGUGAUUUUGCUGUGCUUCAGUGUCGUGAAGCCGAGCUCACUAAGGAACGUGGAGAGGUUUUGGAUCCCGGAGAUAAAGAGCCGGUGCCCCGCCACGCCCAUCAUCCUGGUGGGGACCCAGGCUGACCUCAGAUAUAUCUACAAGAAUGAGAAAUACAAGAACAUGGACAAAGGCCUUCUAUAUAAGGCUGUGAGUGAUGAGAGUAUUUUACCUCCAAGUUGUGGGAGAGAAAUGGCUGCCAGUCUAGGGGCCCCAUACUACGAAACCAGUGUUCUGACAAAAUAUGGCAUUGAUGAUUUAUUCUUUAAUGUAUGCAGAGCCACUUUAAUAGAGCGUCGCAACUUAAAAUUCUGGAAUCCACAGCUCAGAAGGGUGCAGUACCCCCUUAUUCAGGCCCCCAUGGAGAUCCCCAAACCUGAGCUGCCAAUCAUCAAAAACCCUGGGCCCGCCCCUCACGAGGAUUUAUCAAAACUGCUUCAAGAAGAUGGGGAUGUCAUAUUUAUUGUUCAAGGCAAUCAUUUUCGAGCUCACAAAAUCUGCUUAACUAUUGCAGAAAGUGUGUUUGAAGACAUUUUCUUAAGCUCUUCCAAACCCAAUGGAAGAGGUUCUCUUUCGAGGCAGAGUAGCAUUGCGUCUGAUAGUGUAAACAGUGUCAAGGAAAGCAAAGAGAAUCUUAUAUGUGGGGCUCCACCACUCCCUGAUAUUUGUCUCCAUGGCACUGAAGCCAUGACUAAUGGAAGCUGUCAUCUGUUGAACUAUCCUGGAUUCAUCAAAGUGGAAGAGAAGUUGUGGAUGGAUCCACUCAGUUUAAUGGAGGAGAAGAAGACUGUGAUUACUAUGGAUUCAGAUUUGAAUCCUCACGCCUUUCAGUACGUUCUCCAGUUCUGGUACACCGGUCGUGUUCCAGUUUCCUGUGACUGUCUCUCGGAGUUACGCCGGACAGCUGAAAUCCUUAUGCUACCUAAUCUCAUUCUGAUGGUCUCAAAUCUACAGACAGGGGAGUCCUACCUUAAUACUCCACUGGAGAACAACUUCUUCACCUCCAGAAACAAUAAGCUUGAAUCUAUAGGAUUAGAGUCUGGAAAACUGACUGACAUUGAAUUCCAGCUAGAGGACGGAGUUGUUGCCCUUCACAAACCAAUCUUAAUGGCUCGAUCUAUGUUUUUUUUAAUUACAUUUUAUUCAAAUUUACUAAAUGCAAACUGUUUAUAGAUUCCUUUUCCUGGAAUGGACCUGCAGACCUUUAAUGUCCUGAAGACAUACCUGUACCUGGGACAGUUACCCUCGCUGGAUGGGGCGGACAUUAUAGGUCUGAUAGAGGCAGCUGAUAGGCUGUGUCUUAAACACAUGAUUAAAGUCCUGGAGCACGAGAUCGUCAAUGAGCUUCUGCAGGCGGAAGCCAACGGUGAAAAGAUCAUAGAGGAGACUCUGAAGCUUAUAGAACCAGCACAGUUCCACAAUGCUUCAGAGCUUGCCCAGUGGUGCCUUGACUAUGUGUGUGGAAAUUAUAACGUGGUACAUAGAAAGUACUUCAGCCUUCUGUACAAGCUACAGCCAGAAAACCAGAGAUACAUCGCCCUCAAUAAAUGGCCACCAGACUGGUACACCCAGGAAAUGGAGCACUACACCAUGGCCGUACGAGACAUAACCCCCAAACACAUGAUUCAGCAGAAACACCAGUUCUCGCGCUGGCAGCGCUGCAAGUCAAGCUGUCUAUGCUUCGGUCGUAGAAGCAGAAUGGUGAACCUUGAAACCGAUGACGACGACGACUGACUGCUCAGCACAAAGGUCAAAGGUGUCCAGCACCGGUGCAGAACUAGUCAAUGGACAGUGGUACACCGUUACUUUUUAUAGUCAUGCAAUAUUAGCAGUAUUCUGAUAAUGUUUUCAGUUUAUUCUCUGCUUGUUGUUGCUGGGUAAUAUAUAUGCUGGCACAUUGCUUCUGAAUUUGAAAAUAAUGCUCUCUGUUCAGCUGAUGUUAUUGCUUCUAUAUAAUGUAUGAAUUAACAUGUAUGUGUACACAUCUAUGCUGUAUAUGUGCAUAUUUUUACACAUUGUUAAUUACUUGAAUAAGUAAAAGGCACAUUACAUGUGGGUUUUUUUUUCUAUGAUACCAGAAUCAUGUAGUUUUAAAAGUUAAUAUAACAUAUGAAGGAAUUGAAAAAAAAAGGUGGGGGAUAUUUUCGCAAAAUUUUUCUAAUGGUGUAAUUAGAACAAUUUCAUGUGUAUAUAGAGGACAUGAUAAGUUAUUGUAUGAUGCAGAGUGAAUAGAUACAGUCAUAGCAGAUUGUAAAUUAAAAUCUGACCAGUAAUAUUGAUGUCAGAUAUAUGCAGAUAGGUGUAUUUUCAUUCAGUUAGAUUAUCAAAAAAUGGUAAGUUUUUUUUUUUAUUGUAUCUCAGUAUUAUUUUAUUAGAUUUAAACAUAUGCUGAAGAAAAAUGAUUACGGUUUUUAUUUAAACAUCUUCCCUUUUUAUUGGUAUUGAACAAAUACAUUUACAAGCCUGUGAUAAGUUAAGCUUUCUGGAGUAAUUGAAAUAAUUUUUUAUUGUUAAUUAAUAUUACUGAUAUUUAUAAUACAAGUUUUAAAUGUGCAUUUCACCACCUGUUUAAAAAAUGCAAUUGUAAAGCUUACAGAUUGAUUGGAAGGAAAUUAUAGCAUUGAUGACUGCAACAUAUGGCAAUUAUAAUAUCUCUGAAGCAGUAUUUCUUUCCAGUCCACUAAAUGACUGAAAUUUUCGUUUCAAAAUUAGAUGCUCACAAUUUGGCAUGCUCAACCUCUAAAUCUUUAAGUGUUUACAGCAGUUUAUAGACACCAUGAACAUCAUCUCCAUGAAGAAAAUAAAUAUGUUUG